AUGGCCCGACGACAGUCAUGCAGCGAUCUUCCUCCCACCUCUAUCAUCAUCCCACCUUACUCGCGCACUUCCUCCCCGCCCUUUGUCUCCAAGGUCAGCUCACACUCAAGAUCGGCCAGCACAGAUAUGCGGCCAUCGGUCAAGAGUCGACUCUUGCGCAACUGGAUCGGACAGAAUGGCCAGCAGGAAUACAAGGUCCUCGAGCGCUCACUGGCAAGAUUCCACCAAAAGGACCGAUACCGGAUUGAUGUCCUUAAGACUAGCCUCUUGCCAUGGCUCAGGAAGGACCAGCCCAGUCUAGUGUUGACUGAAACGGAUUCGCUGUCAGAGACAUCGCUUAAGACAGGAAGGCAACUUAUUAUGCAGUGGUGGACGACGCUUCUUGCAGUGCUCCCAGAUGCCCUCUACACGGAUCGGUGUCAUUACUUUGAGUGUAUCAUUGCCCUCAUGACAAGGAAGGAGUUCGACGAGUUUGAUCGUCUGGAGGAUGUCAUUUCAAAACCAACAACACCAUCAACAGCCAGGACCUUCUUGGACGGCUCAGUGACAGAACACAACUCUUCCUCGACCUCGGUCUCGUCCAGCACCACCCUUGGAUCAGGAUACCCCUUCUCGGACUCUGGGGCAUUCUGGUCCUCAUUUCACCAAUACCGCAAGAUGUUGACUCAGUCGCUUCAGUAUGCAAUCGAGCGUCUGAACCAGAAGGGCGUUUACUCGAAUGUGAUCACCUUUUGCGCAAAGAUCCUGGCGCUUUGCUUCUUCAAGUUGCCCGGUGUUGCGUUUGGUUUGCUCCACGCACUCCCUGCGAGCCGAUCCUACAUUAGCCGCAUGGCCAAAGCAAUGGAUCUUAUCGGAGAGAACUGUGGGAUGCCUCAGAUCAUGACAUUCUUCCCAGAACAUUUGGCACCCGUCUGUUUCACUGGAACUGGAUCCUGGUGGAGGGAAUUCGAGAAUCAAAAGCGCAGGACAGCAACAGGCGACUCUGUACCUCCCAUGGAAAUGUUUGGAAACUGGGUUCGUCGGUGGCAGAGUGACGAUAGCGAGCUCUUUUUUGCAUUCUACCGCCAUUACCACCACUGCCUCUCUCAGUAUUUGGAGGCGCCACUGCAGCGGAUUCAGGCUGGUGGCUGGGCGACCUCGGCGAUCACACCCAAGGUCUAUGCAGGCGCACCUGGGUAUCUUUACCUGUCGGCGUUCUUUUUAACCAAAAUUGAGGGACUGGUUCACCGCGAGAUUCACCCUGUCACCACCAUUGUACAGUUUGAGCCCAACGCUGCCAAUGGGAAUGGUGCUGCCGAGAGGGAUCGUGCAAUGGCUUCUGUUGCGACAGGAGAGUUCCCGGGAACAGCGGCCCCACCGGCUGUUAAGGCCAAUGGAGAUGGCAAGGAUUCGAACGGUGGAUCUACGAAUGGCAAGCCAAAGGUGCUUGACAUGGCAUCCAGGAGAUUUGUGGAGACAAUUGUCGCGGUCAUGGAGGAUCAUGGCAAUAUUUAUGGGGCCAUGCUGGACAUUUGGAUUAAGGCUGUUGUGACAAGGACAAGCGUGUAUGAUGUGGAGAGUGUGUUUUGUCUACUGGAUUUUCUAGACAUGCUCAUCGCUGAACUGGAGUCAAGAGAAUGUAUUCGACUUUACGACAGCGAGCUCUCGACAGUACCACUCAACACAGGACACAACAUAAUCUUUGUCCCUAUUCACGUCCAGUUCAUCCUUUCGACUCUCCACCUCCUUCUGACAACUUCGGAUCACACUGUGACCUUGAUGCGCACCAUCUCGUUUAUAUACCAAAACUUUUCGCUUCUCACAGGAACUGUCCAGACACUAGAGCAACUCACAUUGGGCACGUUGCUUUCGCCAGACGUGUUUGAAAAGUGCUUUCUCCACUGGGCACGGAACGUCCGGCUGUACUACAUGCGAUGCUUGGUCUGGCGGGUGGCGAGGAUUGGUGGCGGCGUCGGCGUGUUGCCAGGAUUCAGGGCGUGGGUACCCUCUGCGCGGAGUUCUAUGCAGGAUGGAUCUGUGCCGAUGGGAGGAAUGAUGGCAGCGUCGUCGAAUGCCGGGACGACCUCUGACUCGUCGAUCAAGAAGAAGGUGAAAGACUCGUCUCCUACCUCGCGGGGUUCUGUGGCAGAAGAAUCGUCGCUCAGCCUGAUCGUGAGGAAUAUUUUCGAGGUGAUGGAGAGCAGGAUCGACAUGGUGAAGCGUCAAUACACUGGCGAGCUCUCCGAUGUCAUGUCGACACGCAUCAGCGACAAGGAGUCAGAAUCCCUUACAUGUGAAUCAGCACCCUCGUCACCUGGUCUGGAGAAUGUCCCCUCCAUCUCGACCGCAGGAGGCUCACCCGCAGAAUCGUCGCCUUCCCGGCAACGAUCCCUGUCGGACGGGAUGAUGAUGCACAACGGUGGCGACGACGACAGCCAGGAGAGGGCACGGUCCUUCUACCAACUUCAGGCACAGCAGAUCUAUUUGACCCACCAGAAGCUGGCCGCAUCUGACAACAGCGUCAAGGACAAGGAGAAGGAUCGUGCCAAGAAGUCGUCCAGUCGGUCCAGCUUGCUUUCACGCAAGUUUAGACGGCUCAGUCGACCCGACAGCUCUGCUGGGUCGGAUGGCCAGCAGCAGCGACAUUCGUUCCAAGAUGGUGAUGCAGGACCAUACGACCCUACUCUCGGUAACCUGGUGGGUGGCGGUCAGGGCAAUCCUAAUGGGGGCAGCAAACGUGCCAGCACAGGAUCCACCCCCCUCACUGCAGGAAGUUUGUUCCGGUGGAUGUUUAUGGGUGGCCAGAGUUCCGGUAGCAGUAACAAGUUGUCGGCACUUGUAUCUGGUGGUAGUGGAUCUAGCAAUGGAGAUCGGUCACCGUACUCCAACCAGUCGCUGGCAAGUCAGUCAUCAACUUCGUCGCUGAGUUCGUUGACACUGACGACCAGCUACAAUGAGCAGGCUGGAGAUGUGUACCGACACCGUGGCGAUGGAUAUGGUACCUCGUACCCACGUCCCCCUACGGGAUCGUUCUUGAAGUACGAGAUGCAGUCUCGCAAGUACCCUGAUCACCUCACGACCUAUGCCGGACGCGCUCUUCCUGAGCACUCUGCCGUGUUGAACGAGUAUGUCGACUGGUUGGCGCAAUGCCAUGCCUAUGGCAUCAAGUCCAAAAUAGGAUAUGCCCAGCAGGGCAACGGCAACGGUGGAGGAGCCGCAGGACAAGGAGCAGGUCAGCCUGGAGGAGUUCCUGGUCUUGGUUUGGGUACCAACCCGGCAGCAGCAGGAGGCAUGAGUGGAGGAUGUGGCGUGGUCUCGGGCGACUUUAGUGUGUUCAGUCUCAGUCUCGGCAAGGUUGUGGAUGCGAGCACUGUUUCGGGUCACCACCACGACGAAUGGAUCUCUGCCGGGAUGGCCCAAAUGAUGAUUCUCCGGUUCCCUGGUCUGGUGGUCGAAUGGCCCAAAUUCUGGAACAACUCUCGAGAGGCGUCCGGUCCGCCACCAGGACCUAUCACAACCUUGACGGCCAUGGCGGUGGUCAACAACCCGUUGCUGACGCUAAGUAAAGGAAACGCUGGUGGGGUGGGCGGAGGAGUGAGUGCAGGUGCUGGAGGACCGUUUGGAGGAGCAAGUCUUAAUGGGUCGUCUGGGAACGGACCCAGUUCGUUGAGGCAUCAGCAGCAGGCUCAGAUGCAUCAUCAACAACAGAUGCAGCUCUGGAGCCGGAAUGCUGCUGCUGUUGCUGCCGCUGCCGCUGUCGGCGCCGCGUCGGCUACUUCUGGCGCUUCAGCCAAGUAA